AUGUUGUCAAGGGCGGCCCGAGUCGCGCGAUUGCAAACCCCUUUGCUCCGCGCCAUUGCGCAACCAGCCCCGAGGUCGCAACUAGCCGUCGCGCCAUGGAGGAGGACAUACGCCAAGGUCAACAAGCCUGAGUCCCCCGAUGCCAAAAAGGCUACCGAUUCAUCCGAGCCCAACUACGAUGGUGACGUUGCUGCGCGAGCGGCUAAGGAGGCAGCUGAUGCCGAGAAGGCCAACACAGUCGGCGACAAGGCUGCUGCCGAGGAGGAGCUUUCUGAGGCGGAGAAGGCGAAUUAUCCCCUGCCUGACUUGACGCAGGGUAUCCCAUCCACACUCGCGUACGAGAUGUCCGGCGCGACGACCAGCAAGUCUGCGCUGCAGGCCAUUUCCGAAGACGAGGCCUUCUCGGGCGGCGGGAAGGGCAAGGGGGAGAUGCCCGCAUCAGCAUACGUUUCGUCGUCAGAGAGGAAACGACAGCAACUCGCCAAUCGCAUGUUCAUCGCCUUCCUCGCCGGCGCUGCGGGCAGUCUUGUCUACCUCGGCCGCAACUGGGACGACAAGAUCGACGAGGAACGACACCCUGAUGUGCCCAACGGCUGGGGGCUCGGCCUGUGGUGGAACCGAGCAUCCACGCGCAUGAGCGAGUUCACCAACUACUACCAAGAGCCCGCAUUCGAAAAGCUUCUCCCCGACGUCGACCCCUCCUUUGAGCGCCCCUACACCCUCUGCAUCAGUCUAGAGGACAUGCUGGUGCACAGCGAAUGGUCACGUGAACAUGGCUGGCGGGUGGCCAAGAGGCCCGGCGUCGACUACUUCCUGCGCUACCUCAGCCAGUAUUACGAGCUGGUUCUCUUCACGUCAGUGCCUUUCGCAAUUGGCGAGCCCCUCGUUCGCAAGCUCGACCCCUUCCGCUUCAUCAUGUGGCCCCUGUACCGUGAGGCGACCAAGUACAACGACGGCGAGAUCGUCAAGGACCUGUCUUACCUGAACCGUGACUUGUCCAAGGUCAUCAUCAUCGACUCCAAGGCUAGCCACGUCCGCAACCAACCCGAGAACGCCAUUGUGCUCGACAAGUGGACCGGCGACUCCAAGGACAAGGAUCUCGUCGGCCUCAUUCCUUUCCUUGAGUAUAUCCACACCAUGCAGUACGGUGACGUCCGCAAGGUCCUCAAGUCCUUUGAUGGCAAGCACAUCCCUACCGAGUUCGCCCGUCGUGAGGCCAUCGCCCGCGCCGAAUUCGAGAAGCAGCUGGCGGCUAAGGGCAAGAAGACCCCCUCCGGCAUGGGCAUGCUCGGCGGUAUGCUCGGCCUCAAGCCUUCCAACAUGGCUCUGAUGCAGUCCCCUGACGGCGAGCUGAGCCCCGCCGAGGCUUUCGCGCAGGGCAAGAUGCUUCAGGAUAUUGCGCGUGAGCGCGGCCAGCGCAACUACGAGUUGCUCGAGAAGGAGAUUAGGGAAAACGGUGCCAAGUGGCUGAAGGAGGAGGCGGAUAUGCAGGAGAAGGCUCAGCAGGAGGCCCUUAACAGCAUGAUGGGCUCCUUCUCGGGCUGGUUCGUCCCCUCCAAGACGGAGGAGAAGCCUGCCGACGGAAAGACGGCAUAA